AUCACAAGUACAUAUUCUGUUAGACCUUACAACAAAACAAAAUGAAGCUCUCCCUCCUAACCCUAACAACAACCCUCCUCCUCCUCGCCAGCCCCGGUGACGCGUGGCGCAUCCGCCUCUACGAAAACAUAAACUACAAAGGCCGACAGGUGACCUACAGCGGCCCCGGCAAAACAGGCAGCAAAUGUUUCUCGAACAUCGAUCCGUUGAACAACAAGGUCUCAUCUAUCAAGUACUACGCGUACAACUCGGACCGAUCGACGCGGUGCUGCGUCACGCUGUACGAUAGCCCCGGGUGCAAGACGAAGAAGGCCGAUUGGACCCCGCAGCGGUCGUGCCAUGAUGAGGUCUGGAGCGAUAUUCCGGGGAGGUGGGAUAAUGAUAUUAGUUCGUUCAAGACGGAGUGUCGGGCAGUGUAGGUUUCGGGACUGUGGGGACAGCCUGUCUAGAGGGGUACAGUAUGGGUAUCUUCAAGAUGUAAACCAGGAUCUCAAUCUUUACCUGAGUUUGAGUUUGUUAUUUAUGAUUACACAUGAAUCUCUCACCUGUGGUGUAGUACCGCGGAGUGUAUCAUGCAUAGACGGACACCUUCAAUAGACAGUCCAGCCUCUGCACUAAAUAAUGCAUCCAUCCAGGUCUUUGUUGCGGAGAGGCCUAG